CGCCGGCUUGCACGACGACGGCGAGGCCCAUGCUUGAUCCUUCAGUGUUCAGCCCCCGUCGUCCGCUUCAGGAUUUGGUUUCCGGGCGGAGACGUGGAUAGCGUAGGAAAAAACAGCGGGCUUUCAAGUCAAACGCGUGGCGGGGCCGAUCGAGAAGCGGUCGGCGGCGGCCGCGGGAAAGCUUAGCGUGGGCUAUCUGUCUCCUGCCCGGCGGUGGAGGUCGCGUCGUGGCCUUGCCAGGACAAGCGGUUGCUUAGCCUGGUCGCUCACGCGUCGUGUCGCUGGGAAUUGCAGAGUAUUUUAGCGUCACCCCGCGCCGCUUCCGACCGGCAUCACACCCCACGCGCCCCUGCUGACCACCUCACCGGCCACCAACACAAAGCACCCCACCUCCCUCCGAUGGCUGGCUACAACCGCUACGGCCACGGCUACGACACACAGGGCUACGGCGGCGGCGGCGGCGGCGGCUACGGCCAGGCGCCUCCUCCCUCUGCGCCGCCCGCGCCUCCCUCCUCUUCCUACGGCCACGGCCAAGGCGGGUACCCGCCCUCCUACCCGCCGCCGCUGCAGACGGCUGGGGGAUUCGGCUUCGGCUUCGGCGGCGUCGCGUUCCCGCCGGGGACGCACCCGGACGUGGAGCGCGCGUUCCGGGCCGCCGACCGAGACGGCAGCGGCGCCAUCGACGAGCACGAGCUGCAGGGCGCGCUCUCCUCGGCCUAUCACCGGUUCAGCAUCCGCACAGUCCGCCUCCUCAUGUUCCUAUUCAUUAACCCCGCAACCUCUUCGCCGUCACGGAUGGGGCCAGCAGACUUUGUGUCGCUCUGGAAUUGCCUUAGGCAAUGGCGGGGCAUUUUCGACAGAUAUGAUAGGGAUCGGAGUGGAAAAAUCGACUCCCGUGAGUUGACAGAAGCGCUCCGCAGCAUUGGAUAUGCUGUUCCACCUUCUGUUAUUGAGCUUCUUAUAGCGAACUACAACAAUGGUGUAUCCUGCAAUGGUGCUCUAGACUUUGACAACUUUGUGGAAUGCGGGAUGAUUGUGAAGUGUUUAACGGAAAAAUUCAAGGAGAAGGAUACCCGCUACACCGGCUCAGCAACGCUCACAUAUGAUGGAUUCUUGUCAACUGCCAUCCCCUUCAUCGUCCCUUAGCUUCUUUGGUUUCUUUAGACCAAUCAGGCUGUAUGUUUGUACCUUUCUAGUUAUGAUUAUAGUGGAAGUGUUCUCCCCUAGCUUGUGCAAAAUGGAAUUUUUGUGUCCAGUGAGUAUUGUUAUGUCAGUGUUUAUAACCCUGCCCCUUUAUUCUUGCAAAUAUACUUGAUGUGUAUAACUUCGGUUUGUAAAUUAACUUUGAGGUAUAGUUUCGUGAAA